CCGCGUAUCAAAAAUCAUUGCUCUGCUCGCAGGAGAAUAAUGUUCAGCAAUUUCCACGCGAUUGUCACAGGAUUAAUUAUUGUUCGCAACACGGGAGCCACGUGUUAAACAAAAACACAGGAUUAUUUUCUCGUCAGCUGAUUGGCGGUUCGGACAAGGUGGAAAAACGGGACGCGACGGCGGCUCUUGUAUGCCGGUAGUUCAUGGCGGCGACCUAACCUUUGCGGCACGUGCACACGGGAAAUUUGAAAUUGCCAUGUGAAAGUCUGCGAUUGAAGAACAACGAGGGAAAAAUGUCGCAGAUCGCCAACACGAGGGAGGUGAUCCUGACGAGCGACAGCACCGGUGAACAUUGGAGCGCAGCGACGUGGGACCCACGCACAGGGUCCACCUUGUCGACGUACAAACACGCGGGAGCAUUGGCGCAGGGCACUCUGCAGCUGCUGGGCGACAGCUAUAUAAUCGGCGCAGACCUCACGAAACCUAGGAUCCACGUAUGGCCCCUGAACAACCCUAAUCCGGUGUCUAAUCUUCGUUUGACCACGCCGGGUAAAGUGACCGCCCUGGCUUGCACGCCGAAUGGCGCCUUCAUGGUCGCAGCCAUCUCGGAGAAGCUGUUCCUCUGGCAAGUGUGCAACGGCAAACUGCUGGGCCAUCUGUCGCAGCAUUACCAAACGGUGAACUGUCUGUCCUUCAGCAGCGACGGUUCUCUGUUUGCCAGCGGGGCCGAGGACGGCCUCGUCUUCGUGUGGUCCCUCUUCAGCGUCGCCAACGACGAACGAUCUACGCCUCUCCACGGAUUCUCCCACCAUUCCCUGCCGGUGAAGGACCUGCGAUUCGGCCACCCUGGCCCCAGAGGAAGACUGUGCACCGUGUCCCUGGACCGCACCUGCAACGUCUACGAGCCAGGAAGCGGUAUCCUGCUGUUGACCCUGGUCUUCGACGUGCCUCUGACCUCGGUCUGCCUCAGCAACCGCGACAGCGACCUCUUCGUCGGGUGCACCGACGGCAGCGUCUACAAGUUCAACCUGCACGAGCCGCCCCGCGGUAUAGAGCAUCACGUGACGGUGCGAGACGGCUCGGAUUCCGAGGGCACCGUCGUCUUCAGGGGCCACAAGUCCACGAUCGUGGCCCUGUCGACCUCGAUCGACGCCAGGUACUUCCUUUCCGGAUCAACGACCGGCGAGGUGCACCUCUGGGACGUCGCCAGCCGCCAGGUCCUCAGGACCAUCGAGCACAAGGGGCCCAUCACCGCGGCGUUCUUCGCGAAGAACUACGAGAACUUCAGAGUCGCCGAUCUUCGGCCGAACCUGGUCGUCGCCAAUCUGCAGAGGAUAUCGGACGACGUCGACGGCAAGCAAAGCGUCGUCCAGGUGGUUUCCAGGGAUAAAAUCGAUCCUGAUUUCCUCCGGUUUGAGUCCUUUGUUGGCGACGCCGUGGAGGACGCGGCUGCGGGGGACUCGCAGUCCGGCAAGCUGCUCGAGAUGAGGGAGGAGAUCGAGAGGCUGAGGAGAAUCAACGCCGCGAUUUAUCAGUACAGCGUGAAACAGAUUCUGGGAAGGGAUUUUGAACGGUCGGACGGAAACGGUGCGGCCGAGGAACAACGGCCUUGAACUUUUAUACGGAGCAUCCGAGUUGAAUAAACAGUUCCCGUUGCA